AUGAUAAAUCAACUAUAUUACGUUAAUUUACCACAUCUUUUAUUGGCAAAGAUUAUUAGUUUAAUUCAUGAAAAUGUAGAUAGAAUUGUGUUUACUUUGACUUGUAAGAGAUGGUUCAAUGAAAGACAUAAAUAUCUAUCUUUUAAUACAGAUAUCAUAAAAGAAAUCAUCACUAAGAAAGAAAUAGACGAUUCUUUUUUGAAUUCAUAUAAAUCAAUAUACAUCGAUUCAAUCAAUCGAAAGAAUAAUUAUCAUUUGUUUGCGUCAUAUGGUAAUUCAACAGAUUAUUACAUAGAGUUGAAUAAACUUCCUCUAAUUUACAAUUCAAUUCGAAUAUCCUUACCUCAAGAACAUUCUUAUUUUGAAGAAAUCUAUCGAUUGAUACCUCUAUCCAAUAUAACCACACUAAAGAAAUGUCAAACAUUAAGAUAUAGAUUACCAGAGAAUCUGACAUCUAUAUCAUUCUUUCAGAAGUUUAAUGAACCUUUGUUACCAGGAUAUCUUCCAGCUAAUUUGAAGAUUCUAAGCUUUAAAUACACCAUCUUCAAUCAACCAAUCAAAGUUGGAAUUCUCCCAAACAUAUUAGAGAAAUUGAUUCUUGAUCGUGGAUUCAGACAGCCACUUGAACCAGGUGUAUUACCAACAUCUUUAAAGUAUCUGACAUACCAUGGUAUUUUCUUUAAAGUUGAAUCAUUACCUCCAAAUCUUGAAGUAUUCAAAUAUUAUGGUCGCAGUUUACUGAAAGAAAAUGACGUAUUACCAAUGACACUUCACACUUUAACAGCACCAUCUUCAUGGCUUCCAGCAAUCAAAUCACUUCCAAAUCUUAAAUCAUUGUCACUAACUUUCUCCCACUAUGAUGAUGAAACAAUUGAUUUAGGUUAUCUUCCAUCUUCACUCACUCAAUUAGAGAUCGAAAAAGGACGAUACAUUUCAACGAUGCCACCAUCAAUCAAACGUCUUGAUCUGCUUCAUGCAGAAUAUGAUAUCGAUGAGAUAUUCAAAGAUCGAUCACAAUAUCAAUUCGAUUAUCUAUUGAAUAUGCUUACCGAAGACUAUAAUAUGUAA